AUGGACCCUAUCCCCUCCAAUAUGACCGACGAGACCUUGCUUCCGUCUUUCUCUAUCCCUGCUGCCGACUCGCAAAUGAUGUCAGCAGUCUGUGUCGCUGUGAUAGCACAGCAACUCACAACCCGAGUCAUGGCCAAGACAUUAGCUCGAAGAGGCACGAGGCAUUAUGAUCUCAAGCCCUCGCUUCCCAUUUUCGUCGCCGUGCGCUGGAAUCGCUAUCCCAACAGCCGCCUGAAGAACCGCGUCAGACCCGACCCAUCGGACUUCGCUUUACGUUUCUUGUCGGAUGUUUGGGCUCGAGGUGGCGGUGGGCGUGUUGGCGUCGUCGAGAUGGGGUGGUCCAGCGGAGAUGACGCUGACGGAGCGGAAGCCGAUAAGAGCAAUCGUUCUCGCAUUGGCGGCGGUGGUGGUGGUGAUGGUGAUGGUACAAUCGACUGGUUUGGUAGUAAGGGGCCUGAUCGACGCGGGGCGGAAGGCUGGCCAUGCGCUCGGAGUGCAAUCAGGAUCCGGCGCUGA